CCCCAUCCCAAAGCAGCCUCAGUUUGGAUCUCACCCACCAUGCCCAGAACAUAAAUGGGUCUAAUGUGUCGCUUCCACUGGCUGUCACGGUUCUGGUUCCGGAGGUUCUCGCUUCCAAAAAGGACUUUACUGGUUGCACUCGCAUGUGUCGUGUAUUUAUGUUUUGCCAUGUCCGACGUGGACUUUCCUCUGCAGAACCGGACUGGAGAAAAACUAGGUGCGAGGAGUGUUCGGCCCAAGGAGGACGUAUUGGUUCCGACCCGUUCCAAUGUGGUUUACAUCACUCUUAAAUCUAAGCGCCUUAAACCCGCCAACAUUCGAGGAACAAUCCGACCCAAAUUGAGGAGCAAAGCGAGAAGAAUUACGCACGAACAUCAGGAGUCCACAAACGGGAAACGUCCCCAUGCACAACGGGAUUCGAACCAGCCGGAUUUUAGAUCAAAAAGAGCGGACUCUCCUGAGAGUUCGAUCCGGAUCUACAGCAGGACAGCCCCGCCGUGGCUCAGCGCGCAAGACGUGGCCACCAUGCGCGUUCUCGCCGGUGCCAAAGUUGUGCGCGUCCAUGGGAAUACCACCUCAAGACCUCUAUUGAUCUUGGGGGAGGAGUCGCAGAACAGGACUCACCUGUGCCGAGGACCGUGCGGGAUCGUCCAUGCUCCGGUGGACUCGGUGGAGGUGUUCGCCUUCCAUUUGGACCGAGUUCUCGGACUUAACAGGACUUUACCGGCUGUGAGCAGGAAGCUGGACUUCUUACACGAUGGCCAGCCCAGUCCAGUAGUGUCUUGGGAACCCUAUCUCUACCCAGAUGACGACUCCGCUGUAAGGUUAACGUGGGGCGACUACCAAAGGUCACUAAAGCAGAGGUGCUGGGUGAAGAACGUCGCUCCAAAGCCAGCAUCCAGCUGCUCCACCAUCCAUCACUACGAAUGGAGCAAAGUGGCGCUGUUUGAUUUCCUAUUACAGAUUCACAACCGGUUGGAUCCGAGCUGUUGCGGCUUCAGACCCCGGCAGCAGGACGCGUGCUACAAAUCUGGCCGGCAUCUUGAAUGUGCGGACCAUGACGGGAUUCAACUUGCAAACAUCGCGCACAAAGGACGGGACCCCCGGCAUCUGGUCCUCACCGUCAAUAAGGGAUACUUUGACCGCAACGAGGACAACCUGGACUUCAGGCUGCUGGAAGGAAUCAAGGAGCUUCCCGAGCAGUCCGUGUCGUUGCUGAGGAGCGGGAGGCUGAGGGAGAAACUCCUGCAGUCGCUCUUCAUGGACCAGACCUACUGGGAGAGCCGGGGCGGCCGGCCGGGCAUCGACAAACUGAUUGAUGUCAUCGAGAAACGAGCCAAGGUCCUUCUCACGUACGCCAACGCGCACGGCAUCAAGGUGGUGCCCAUGAGCGAGUGAUGGGAUGGUAACUGGGACAGUUACCAGAAACUGUAUGACAGCAGCAUCAAUUUUCUUCAUUUUUGGCUUUAUUACAGUAUUUUCUUAGUGGAAUAAAUAUGUUGACAGAAGUAUUUAUAAUAAACAACACUUUU